CUAUGGCAUAGGCCUCAACUACAUCUUUGAUUCAACCUCUAGCGCAGAAACUUCUGUAUGCCACAGAUGCAGCCAAAAAAAAAAAGGGACAAUAUUGAAUCAACAAGUAUGGGGAGAAAGGCACCCUUAGGCAGUUUUGGUGAGGGUACAAAUCCAUACAGUUGAUGGGGCAAUUAGGCAAUAUCAACAUUUAAAAUACUCAAACUCCUUUAUCCAUGAAUUCAAUACAUAGAUACAUACUCAUACUUGUGUACAAUGAUUUAUAUACAGGAUAUUCAUGUCAGCAUUAUUAUUUAGAGCAAAAAAACCUAAAUAUUUAGUGAAUGUGCAAUUAAAAAGUUGUAUUGUAGCUCUAUCAAAGAAAACUGCACAGCCAGCAAAGAAAAUUAUAUACACAAGAAAUAUUCAUAUUAUUAAAUAAAACAAGACAGAAUGGUAUCUAUGAUAUGUUUCCAUUUGUGAAGAAAAUAUGUUUAUUUAUGCUUCAUAUGCCAAAUCAAUUCUAAAUGAAACACAAGGAAGAAAAAGGGGAGAUAAGGAUUAGAAAGAGACACACACUAUAUACCGUCUUCUGCCUUUGGAAUUUUAUACGGGUGUGUGUGCCUACUUUAUAAAAAAGCAAUUAAUUUUAGUUAUUGAAAGAAAAUAAAUGUCUCCAUCAAGAAACCUUAUCCCUGUUUCUCCAAUCUUUCCCACCAAGUCCAAUCCAGGCCACCCACCUGCACCUCUGCUAGAGAUGGACUGCAUUUCUUAACUGCCAAAUGAACUCUGUGGCCCAUUCCUCAGUGUUCUGCAUCUGUUGGUAAAUUUCUCUUACCUGGAAUGCACUCCUUUUACACAGCCAGCACUGAAACAUUCAACUCCAACGUCACUCUACCCAGGGGCCCUCUCUGACCACCCUGAUCCUCACGAUGCUUCCUCCCCUCAAAUAUGGGAUGUUUGUUACCUGGGCUCACAAAUGAAUAAAUAAUUCCAUUUGUUCUACACUGCUGGCUCUUUGUGUGGAUUAGUCUUAUUUUGGAAACCAAAUAAUGAAGUGUCUUAAAGCAGGAAAGCUACAUGACUGAUAUCUUUAUACCCUUGACACAGCCCCAUUUAGGACUAAGCACAGAUUGACAGCUCUCCAUGCCAGAUGGGUGGACUGGAUGCUGGAGAAAGAACUGAGUGGUAUCCUCAGAGAUAAUGGGAAUAUCCUCAUAGCUCAGUAGGUUAAAGACCCAGUGUCACAGCUGUGGCUUGGAUCACUGCUGUGGCGUGGGUUCGAUCCCUGGCCCAGGAACUUCUGCAUGCUGUGGGAAUGGCCAAAAAAAAAAAGAAAGAUUGAGCCCAAAGAUUUUUUGGUUUUGAGACCACUGUCACCAGGGCAAAGAUUCAAGGAAAUUCAAAAUUCUGAGAUAUUGGAGUCAUACCACAAUACCCACAGACAGCCAAGAAUGUAACAUAAUGUCUAAAUCAGUAGUUAAGGUGUAGGACUGAUGGGUCCUGGGGCUGAUUGGGAAAGGCCUGUCAUGCCUAAAAGUUACCAAAACCCAGGUUAAAAAGAAAAGUUUAGCCAAAAAAAAAAAAAAAUUCCAGAGUAGAUACAUAAGUCCAUGAGCAGCAGUUGGUUUAUGACCCUUAGUUGGAAGUGGCCAUUCACCUCUACAGGAACUCAUCUUCCUGAGAGAGCAGAAUGUGGUUACAUGGGUAGAGGUGCUUUGGAAAACAAAACUUUGGAUAGUGCUCCAGAAGUGAACCAAAUGCAGGCGCCUCCAUAGAAGACAGUGUUUAUAGUCGCACCACACAGAAUGGAGGCUUCCCUUGCUCCACAUAUUUAAAUUUAAAGAUAUUGCCACCUUGACCUUUCCUUGCCACAUCAGCCAUGGUCCCUUUCAUGCACUUCUGAUUUCUCAUCACCCACUGUCUGUAACAUCAAAGCUCUCCAUUCCCAAGCUAUGACCAGACUCUGCUAUUCCUACACUCAUGUGUGCUUCUCACGCAUUUCCAGUACACGUGCGGGAGUUGACAGAGGUUCCUUUGUCCAAUCACUCUUCCUCAAAAGGUGCCUUGUGUCCCUAAAAUGCUCUGUUUUGGAGGGAUGGGUGACCAGACAGCUGUUGCAAAGGAAGAGCUGAGCCAUCAAGCUGGUGGAGGGUGUGGAGAGUGAAGACAAAGUGAGAGCACAGACUCUACCUGUGAGUGGUCUCUUCAGUCCUUCAGACACCCUCAUCUACAGACUGGAUCACCACAUGAACUUCCCUGGACAGGUAAAGGUCUUUGACACCACACUUGCCUUGUGAAACAGGAAGACUUUGUGAUGCAGUCUGGUGGCCUGGUUCCAUCAUCGUGAGUGAGAUGAGGCAGAGACAACAAGGGAGCAUUGAGAGUCAUUAGGUACCAGGACUCUAAUGCCUACAUAGAGGGAUGAUUGGCCUCCUCAUGCUAAUGAGGUUUAGACCAUGUUGAGCCCAACUUUUGUUCUGUGGGAUUUGGGGUAUCCCUUAUAUACCUAUGGCUCCAUCUUAAUUAUUAUCCUAAUUAUCUGGCAAGUGAAAAAUAGUUAUCACAGAUUAAUACUGGAACCUAAAAGGAGCUGCUGCCAGGUAGGGAAACACUAUGACUGUGACGUAAACACCAAACCGGUGCAGGCCGGGGCUUACAGGACUCCAGGCCACACACUUGCAGAGAAGCAGGUGUCACUCAUCAGUAACAAACGGUUGCCGUGUUUCCCUCCCCAGCCGGGCUGGCUUCCUCAGGAGGGGAGUGUGAGGUAGCUCCUGUGUGCAGAUCCCUGCUGCCAAACCUGCAAUGCCAUGGCUCUGGAGAUGCAGCAGCUGGUGGGGUGAGAUCACCCUGACCUCCCCAAUUCAAGGGGGCCAUGGCAAGGCUCCUUUUGCCCAGAGGUCUUGUCCACGUCUAAUGUGCCUUUUGAGCAGCAUUGGGAGCAUCAUUCCCCACACUCCAAAAACCAUUCAUUUCCAUCUGCAAUCCUCACAGUGUCACAGAAAUGCUUAACCCAGUCAGCUGCCCAGUCAGCUGGUGCAGUCAGAAUUGGUGAUUCCUGGGCUGAACACCUCAAGCUAAGGCAGGGAUUUCAAGCACCAGAGGUGCCCAGGGACCCAGAGGUUGUUUGUUCAAGGCCUGAGGAGCUUUGGGUUUCAAUGAACCUUCAGGAGUCGAUGCAGAGCAACCCCAACUUUGUCUGUAGCAACCAAGGCCAGCAGCCCUUGAACACAGGUCUCUCUGCAGAACCUGAACCGAGAAACACUACCCUGACACAUCCUAUGGUGUUGCAUAUGAUCACUGCCCUCCCUGUCCAUCUGCCAUUCCUCAGUCCUGAAAUCCUGAGGCUUCUGGAGGUUUAAAAAAUGACGCAUUUCCAGAGGUGGGGGCUCCCCAGAGGUGUUGAAGAGUCUCUCAGGCAGCUUAUGGCAAACCCGCCAUUACUUGACCAACCUAUAUACAACCAACCGAAUGAUACUUCUCAGUUCUCUGUUGAGAAAUCUGGGACCAUUUCAUACCAGAACUGGUUCAUAGCUGGCCAGCCCACCCAGGCCUUCUGGGUUUCUGAAUGGUCCAUUAUGGACCCAGAACAAAAAUAUUACCACCAGCAAACCCCAAAUGAUGUGGCUCUAGCCUUGCCCUCUCCAGCCCUUAAAGAAUUAAGGGGCCUCUAUCUAAUGCCAAGAGGUAAUAACUCAGUGGGCCACGUGAAGCCAAAAUACAGCCAGCUAUUCUGUGGCCUCCCUUCUCUGCACAGUGAGUCCCUGGUUGACCCCUUAAGUUCUCAAGGCCUCUCCGUGAAUGAGAGCAUGUCCAAGCCCCCCUUGCAGGAUCCUUUUCUCUUUGAAGAGCUCUCCUUCCUCCCUCUGAUUCCUAAAAUUCCAUCCCAGUCAGCACCCUCUUCUCCAUCUUCCCCAAAUUAGAUCGCUCCACCUGACCAAGCUCAGAUCAGUAUCCCAUUUCUGACUCUGGAGGUGUGUGAUGCCUUGGAGUGGCAUCUGCUGCAGAGGCCCCAGCUUCAGUGGGGUUUGCCAGGUGUUUUCCAGAGAGAUCAGCACACCCAGAGCCCCAGGCAGUGUAACCCCUGUGAUACCCAGUCUUCUCAGACUCUGAAAACUUCCUGACCAGGAAAGCCCGUCUCAGUCCUCACAAGGGAACUCUUCUUCCUGGAGCACAUCAGGAGGCUGCUGGAAUUCCACCUCCAGAGACAGCUGAUUUAUCACGUCUGAGGCCUGCUCCACAAGAUCCAUCAGUCCAUCCAGUUGCUCCUGUCCCCUGCUAACCAGCAGGCUCUGUCCUGGGGCAGCACGGCCCUAGACAAUGUGAAUAUCCGCCAACCUACAGCUCUAGAGGGCACUAGUGACCCAUUCCCAGCUAUCAUGGGCCCAGUGUCAGUCCUCAUGCCACACUUGUUUGACCAGGCCAAGGCAAUACUGCAGGGCCAUAUCAACACCAAGUGUGGGCAGAUUCACCAGGACAAGGUUGCCAUCUGCUUAUGUGGCUCUUGAGAGAGCAGAAUUCCUGAGGCCUGGAAGGGGCUCCCAUCACCAGCAUCCCAGAAAGCAAGCUCCUAGGACCACAUGCAGCAACUGACCUGAACCUAACAACAGAAAGUUAUACCCUGGAUGUCAAUGGCCCUUGAUCAGCAGCAACAAGCCUCACCAGAUGCUAUUGCUGAACAUCCUAAGCUGCCCCAAGUUCUGUCCAAGGGAGCCAUUAAAAAACUGGAGACAGGAGUUCCCGUCGUGGCGCAGUGGUUAACGAAUCCGACUAGGAACCAUGAGCUGGAGACAACUUUACGGCACAAGUAUCUGGCCUUCUUGUCAGAGCUGCCUGCUCUCUAUUCUGUGGCUCCCUCCAGGGCCAUGGCCCCAUCAGUCACUUCCCAAGCUAUGACCACAGAAACGGUGCCUGGGCCUGUCGAAUUCCCAACAGAACCUCUGAUUCAGAUGACCUCACCCAAAGAGCAGGGUCUAAGUCCUAGGCCAGGUUUUCAAGAUGCCAAUGAGGCUCAUGCCGACAGUGCAGAUGAACGCCAGGCUGAAGUGCAGGUGGAAGGAAUCACAGAAGUGGUGCCACUCGAAAGUCAGGCAGAGACUGUGAGGCCCUACUCAUUUGGGGAACCAAUGUUGACCAAGCUAAAUUUCCAUCUGAGAAAGAAGAUCCUAGAGAUACAACUGGGAAUUCCCAUAAAGACAAGGGAGUCCAGGGAACAAACUGCAGCAAUCCCAGAGAACAUUUGCCCACAGGAGUCUCUUGGGAGUCUAAACAACCAAGGGAAAACAGUGCUCCAGGAACUCCCCAUCCCACAAAAUACACCACAUGCCCCAGAUCCAGAAUAGCUUCCCUUCAAAGAACAGAUGGCCACUCAGUGAAAGGCAGUGCAUCAGAAAUAGAAGCAAUAUAGCUCCAGUGCAGUGCCUCAUAGUUCUGUCCACUGGGCCUCCAAGAUCUCACAACUCAGUGGGGACAUGACAGAGGCCCAGGCACUAUUUGUGCAGCUGGAGGCCACUGUGAACAACCUCAGCCUGGAGAGACCCUGGAGCCCUGAGCCCCGCCCUGACAAGAGCAAAGACUCAGUCCAACUCCCCACACUGGCAGAAAAGAGAGAGGCACCAGGCAAACCCAAAUCAGCAGGAGACCAUGGAGAAGGCAACGCCAGGUUUGCUUUCUCCUCCUCAAGAGAAAAAAAGCCACUCUGCUGAAGCGCAGAAGCCAGAAGGGAUGCUCUGAACAGGACACCACAAGAGAGACAUCACUUUCACCUUGAUGCUCCCUGACAAUACAGUCGCUGGCAUCACCCUCAGCUUAAACUCCCAGAGCUACCUCCUGGAGUCCCCGGGGGGAAAGAUUCUGAGAAGAAUGACCUGUAAAACAGUCAGACCAAGAUCAAUGUCAUCCUCAAACCAGCAAAGGUCCCUGAGAAUGCCCAGCCUGUGGUGCCCCAGGCAUCACAAGGCCAGCUUUCCCUGGACAAACUCAUUCAGGGCAAGCCAACUUCACAAGGUCAGAUUUUGCAGGGGCAGGUGAUGCCAGACCAUACUCACAAGAGGCCUAGCCUUCCAGAAUCUGGUUUAAGAGAUAAGAGGAAAUCUUUUCUGCACUGUAUUAACCCCAAGACAAAAGGCAAAGGACAUGCAGAAGCCAUGUCCUCCACAUCUGAGAAAGUGGCCAACAUGAGAAAAGACAAUGUAGAAAAGAGCUUGGCUCCAGCCCAAAGUCCCAAGGGUCAAACUUAAACAAAGGAGAAGAGAGGGGACCCCAAGGCCCAAUUUUCCCUCACUGAGAAGCAGUCCUCAGCACCCUCUGCCACCGCCCUCGGCACUGUCCUCGAGUAG